AUGACCCCAAAACCCAAGAACAUUGUUAUUGUCGGAGGUUCACUAGGAGGAAUCCUAACCGGAGUUGCAUUAAAGCGGCUUCGGAAAGAUCUCAACAUCCGCAUUUUCGAACGCAACCCAACGCCGCUUCUGCAGGACCAGGGCGCUGGUGUUGUCGCAGGGCAGGAUGUGCAGAAGUUUUUCAAGACGCACGAUCGAAGCCAAACACCAUUGACGGUUCCAAGCCAUCAACGACUAUAUCUUGACAAGGGUGGUAGAGUAAUUAGCCGACAUGAUCAAGAGCAACGGAUGACAAGUUGGGACCUGUUGUACCACCUUUUACGCACCAAUUACGACGGCACAGAGACCUCUUAUGCCAAAGUGCCCGUGUCGGAAGAGAGUGAGGGAAAAACAUCAUAUGAGUACGGUUGUACAGUCACAAAAGUCUCAGUGCCAAAAUCAUCAGCAGAACUAGAUUUCUCAGACCCUGUCAAACUCAUCGUCCAGCACAAGUCCGGCGAGACAUCGACCAUCGAAGCCGACCUCGUCAUCGCAGCCGACGGCCCAAGCUCCAAGAUGCGCGAGGAAUACUUCCCACAUGUGAAGCGUACCUAUGCCGGCUACGUCGCGUGGCGGGGCACAGUGUCUGAAACGGCGGUAUCUCAAACCGACGUCUUCAUCGAAAAGUUCACAUUCUUCCACACAGACGGCCAUCAAAUCCUAGCAUACACCAUCCCCGGAAAACACGGAACCACCCAGCCUGGCGAAAGACUGCUGAACUGGGUGUGGUAUGUAAACUACCCAGAAGAAUCACCAGAGCAUGUGGAGCUCAUGACGGAUAACGAGGGGAUGAGACAUCACAUCACCCUACCACCCGGUGGUAUCAAAGAAGAUGUUCGGGCAAGACAGAAGGAAACGGCUAGACAGAUACUUCCGCCACAGUUUGCGGAGAUUGUUAAUAAGACCGAGGUUCCUUUUGUACAGGCUAUUACUGAUGUUGUUGCGCCGGCUGCUGUGCUUGAUGGGGGUAGGGUUUUGUUGCUCGGAGAUGCGUUGGCGGGAUUUAGACCGCAUACUGCUGCUAGUACGAAUCAGGCUGCGUUGGAUGCUAUGAAACUUGCUGGCGCUGUUGAAAGAUUACUUGAAGGGGGUGGGGUGGAGGUGCUGAAAGAGUGGGAGGAGGAGGUUAUGGAGUAUGCGGAGGCGAUGCAGAAACAUGGUGUUGAGAUGGGGGAUCGUAGCCAGUUUGGUCAGCAUCCGAUGCAGAGGUAA